UCUGGUAGCGCGCAUACAAGCGGCUUGGCGGUCACGCGCGUCGAACGCCGCCGUAAAAAAACAAUUUUCCAAUCUCAAAGUCUCAAACUGACUUCCCCUUAAAUACUUUAAAAUACUCGCCGUAUUUUGUGCUAGUGCUUCCGCUUAAACGAGAAAAAUGAAGACUAUUUUUCUGCUUCUCGCCCUCGCUCUCUGCGCUCGCUCCGAAGACGCAAACAAGACCAGCCAGCCCGUGGAAACUCAAAAUAAGGACAAAAGACAGACUGAGGAAGGCACUCAACAGCUAGUUUAUAGAACAGCUAGAAAACAGGACCAAGUGGCGCCUGUUGAAGAAAACCACCAAGAAGAUGAUAAAGGACAAAGAGGUGGAUCCGAAGAGUAUCGACCUGGCCAGGUGUACUCCCUCAACGUGCAAGAACUAUUAGAGCUGCAGCCGGAGAGAAAAGCUCCUCUUGGAAGCAGCCAGCAGCUGCAACAGCUGUACACCAAUCCUCAACAGGAGCACCGGCAGAAUCUGCAACAGUUUUACUAUUUGGAACCACAGUUGAGUCGACAGUUUGCUCUUCAACCAUCAUCACACACUGUGAUCGCACGUCCACAUUACUCAUCCAACGGUGGGGAAGCAUCAGUUGGUGCAGCACUCUCAGUCAGUGACACUGCAAGCUCGUCUGAAUCCUUGGACCAGGAACUCCUCGCUCUUCUCAGACAGCAAAUAAGACAAGAAGACACCCGCCCUCAGACUUUCACGCAGACCCAACAACCUCAAUUGCAAGCUCAAACUGUUGCAAGUCAAUAUCAGCCGGUGGACGUUCCAUAUAUUUCAAAACCAUUAAAGAAACCAUUGAAACUCCGCUCCAAAGUCCAAACUGCUUCAACACCGACAUCAGCUCCUCAACAAUACUUGAUAGAGACUACUAACGUACAACAGCAGCAACAUCAAUUCCGACCGAUUCCUCAAAACCAGAGAGUCCCGCAGACUCUACGCUACAUCCCGAUCCAAUCAGCCCAGGCAGCAGUGCAACAACCUUUAUACGAAAGACCAGAAUCCCAAGGUCUCAAAGUUGUCCCUGCACCGCAGUUGCAACAGCUCAAUCCUCAAUACAACAACUACAGAAUUCAAUAUCAGCAAGAAGCGGCACCAAAACAAUACCGAAUUAUCGACACUCCUCGAGCACAAUCAGUGAGACAGGAACAAGCCCGUGUUCUAUCCAACGAAAGACCAGUCACAUAUCUAAAGCGAUACCAAGAGCCUGAAAAACUACGAAUAGUCCCAACUGAACAAAGUAUUCACGAAGGAUUAUCUUCAGUCCAGCGACCUGUUCAAAUCGCUGAUUACUACUUACGUCCCGUAUAUAGAUCAAACGAGCAACGAGCUCGAUAUGACUUACCAUCUGCAACACUUAGACCAGUGGAGCAAGGGAGAAGCUUUGACACAGUAAAAACGCCACUCUCUUCUAUUUAUGUUAGCAAAAAUAUUGCACCCAAAAAGGUUGCAAGACCCGUUGUGAGAUACGAACAGGUGCCCAAGAUAGAGCAACCUUAUAGAAUAGAACAAGCAAGCACAGAUCAAGUGAAUGUAGAACAGCACACCCAAAAUAUUGCGGAACAAAGAUCACAUUUGCCUCCUCCCAGAAAUAACAAGGCUUAUACUCCAGAGGAAUUCGCGGCCUUGGUAGCUGCUGGUUAUUCUGUGACACCUGUACCUGUCACUCAAGAAGGUACACAAGUGGCCCAAUCCAGGUCUUCAUCAGAACCCAUUACAGUUCAACAACGCAGGCUUUACAGCAGACGCCACCAGUAUCUGCCUCUGAGAGGAGAUGAUGCACCAUGAAUAACAGAACAAUGAUAUUAUGUACAUAGUAUUAGGUUAACUUUAUAGAGAUUAAAAUUGAUGAUACAAAAU